AUGGCUGAUCUCCUUGAGCUUCGUGGCGAAAACAGAAUAUGGAAACUUAAGCGUCAGCGCAUACUCGGGAAGGGAAGCUUCGGUUGCGCAACGCUUUACGAGCAGGCGGACGAAACGGCGCAGGGAGGUGGUGAUCGUUUUGUUGUUGUGAAGGAUGUGGAUAUGCAAACAAUGAAAAAAGAUGAAGAGAUGAAGGCAUUGGAUAUGGAGGUGAGUAUACUUCGCCGCUCUAUGGGACACCCCAACAUUGUGCAAUUCCUCGACCGCUACCACGACGGUAAGUUCAUGGUGUACAUCAUCAUGGAAUUUUGCAACGGUGGUGAUUUGGGGCAGCGUAUUGAACAGCUCCAGUACCGUCACAAGAAGGAAGAAGAGAGUUUUGUAGCCUCACUUAUGAUUCAGAUGUUGGUUGGAUUGAAUUUCCUGCAUGUUGACCAGCGCACCCUCCACAGGGACAUUAAGCCACAGAACAUCUUCAUUUUCGAAGACGGAACCGUUCGUAUAGGAGAUUUUGGCGUGUCGGUAGUGCUCGAUCAGCUUGGCGGGGUGGCGAAGAUGGCGUGUGGCUCGCCGCUUUACAUGGCGCCUGAACUUUGUGAGGAGCGGGCAUAUGAUGGAAAGGCUGAUAUAUGGAGUCUCGGCGUCACCUUGUAUGAACUCAUGAUGCUGAAACGCCCCUUCAACUCCACAUCAGCACCAACACUCAUGCGGAUGAUCUCGCGCGGAGAGUAUCAACUCAUCACACCGGAAGAUGGUUACUCCUCGCCUCUCAUUGAUUUGGUUCAUUCAUUUUUACAGAAAUCCGCGGUAACACGACCAACACUUAGGCGCGCACUGCGUAGUUCCUACGUCCAGAACAAUCUUUCCACUGUUCCACUCAGUUGUCUGGAGUCCAAAUAUUAUAAACAGAUAUUUGGUGAGGAAAUAGUGCAGAAGGCCAUCAGCGCCAAGAAAAGGUCCAUGGGUGCAUCCACCAGUGGGAGUGGUGGUGACGGUUGUAGCAGCGGUAGUACCAAUAAUAAUUAUAACAAUAAUAACAAUAAUAAUAAUAAUAACACUAAUGCAAAAACUAGCGUCGCGACCUCCGAAUUGGAUUCUUGGUUGGAGCAGAGCAAAGGUGUGACGGAUGCGUUGGCUGAACAAAAAAUGUCACCGCAACGGCCCAAAAGUGCGCUGGCGCGGCGACCGCUUCUUCAGCCGAGCAGUGUUUCAACCCGAUCAGAGAAGACGCCGAGCAUCCCACCAAUUUGUGAGAAUUCGGAACGGCCGCAAAGCCGAAUGUCAUUUCACAAACCGUCGGGUCGCGUGAGCGGCGGUGAUGAGUAUGAAGAUGACUUUGAGAGCAGCGGCAGCAGUAAUUAA